AUGUCCAUUGAGGAUCUUCAGGCAUUCAUAGUCUUGCGGGGUUCUACACUGGGUCCUGAUGACAAGAAGCGUGUGAUACUUGAAGGAGACCAGGCCUCUAGCAGGAAGCUUACCAUCAAAAAGGUAGGUGAAAGCAUCCGUCUUUUGGGUGCCAGUUUCUUCAUGGACGUCACAGGUCAGAAGAAGAUGAAAGACAAGGUCUACGAUCAGAUUGCACUGACUGUGGAAGAGGCUCAAGAGCCUGCCGAGAACUUUCUCUCGGAGGACAUGACGGAGGAGAAAUACAUUGAGGCGAUGAUAGCUGAGGGUGAGGAUGAUGUCGCAGCGCUCGUAGCAGAUUUCGAAUCCUCGGCCUCGGAAUUGAUCCAAGAGGACACAGAGUUGGCCCAAGCAUUCACUGCAUACCAAGAUGCCAGGCGUAGAUUGUCUGAAAAGUCCUGGAAUCGGGGAUUCUUCCCGACAUCCCGAGGAGGUGGUUUCAAAGGAAAGGGAUAUGGAGGCAAGAAUCAGAGCAAGGGAGGACAGAAGGGAUUCAGACCGGAACGCGCUCUUCAAGAACGAAUCCUACAGUCGACUUGCCGUGCAUGUGGCCGCAAGGGACAUUGGAAGGCCGAGUGUCCUUUCAAAGGUGGUUCUGGAAGUGCUUCCAACCAGGGAGCCAGCACCCAAAGCUCUAUGCCAACCACAACGCUGAUCGCCAGUGAAGCUGAUUCCAGCCAUCCUGGAAUUCCUGCAGAUUCCAGCGAGCCCAACGUGAUGACUCAGUGUCCCAUUGAUGAGGAACCAUGGCUAGCCACAGCACAUGUGAAUCCACUGUGCCGUGUCCGACCAACCGACAUGUCGAGCCUCAGCCAGAGGUUGCGUGAAAUGCAGACUCCGAUCGAUGUGGAGGUGGCCGACCUGAGCCACCUGACCUUGGAAGCACUAGCCCACGAGACCAUGACAUUCGGCCAGAAGCAUGCCGGCCAUCUGUUCUCGGAAGCACGGAAGGAUCAGGAAUGGGUGAGUUUCAUGGUGAAUCGUUGCGGUGCAAGCACCAAACUGGAGCACCGUCCCUUCCUUCGCUUUGUGGAGCUGAAGGUAGCCCAGCACGAGUCACAGCAGAUGCCAAUUCCAGUGAUUCCCCAAGACAGCAAUCCGAUGAAUGUCACGUCUGCAAAAGCCAAGCAUGGUGGCCGCCAAGGCCAAGGUGAGAUCAGGCCGCCCAAGUUCCUAUCACCUUCCGGACUUGCAGGAAGGAGAAUGGGCAGUCGAACCCGAGACGUAUGCCUCCGAGACUAUGACAUCUGGGAACACCGAGAUGAUCACUGCGAUGCAACAGAGGAUGCUCAACAUGGAGAAUGCCUUGACUCGGGUGAUCCGUCACUUGGAGACAGCGAGCGGAGUCCACCAGACCAUGCCGGAUGCACUGCCCUCAGACAGCACAGAGAGUGA